UGCAUUGUUUACCCUCCCCACGUUAGCACCAAAUGGGAGUGGACAUAGAGGGCAAAAACAGAAUAACUAAUUGAACUGAAAAUACUAACCUAUGUCAUUAAGUGAAUUGAAAAUAGCACAAUUAUCUCUAGUAAUUUCAUCUACGACUUCGCGUCUUUUGUAAACAUCCACUUUGUUCCCAGUCGGACGGCACAAGUAGACGGACGCAAGAGGUGUAAGACGAAAAAGAUGGCGCUGCCCAUGUUAAGAGGUUGUUAUUGUAGCAGGCUGUCAUCCGUAUUCAACAUCACUCGCCUCCGUAAAGCGGAAAGUGUCCUGGGCCGGUCCGGUACAGUGCGGCCGCCUCACCCGUCAGCCGCCGGCGCUGUGGCGGCCGCCCGCGGCUACAGCUCUGAGCGCGGCGGGCACAAGCAGCAGCAGAAGGUGGUGGUGGUGGGCAUCCCGAGCCCUUUCAUGUGGUUUCGGACGAGAAUCUACUACUUUCUGAUCAGGGCCUACUUCGACAAGGAGUUUAACAUUGAGGAAUUCACUGAGGGGGCGAAACAGGCGUUCUCCCAUGUGUCCAGACUGCUGUCACAGUGCCAGUUUGAGGCCCUGGAGGGCCUGGUGGCCAAGGAUCUGAUUGGGAAGCUGGAGGAAAAAUGCAACCUUCUUCCCUCAAGCCACAAAAGAGCACUCUCUGCAGAUCCUGAUGAGAUCAUGUACACGACUGCUGGGGAUGUGGGCAUCUACUAUGAUGAUAAUGGGAGAAAGUUUGUGAGCAUUCUUAUGCGUUUCUGGUAUCUGACAAGUGCAAGUCUUCCUGAGGACACCAUGGAGGGAGCUCGUCUCUUUCAGGUGGCCAUUGGUGGAGAGGGAGAGGGGGAAACUAAGAGGUUGCUAACAGCCAAUUAUGAAUUCCAGAGGGAGUUCACUAAAGGAGUGGCACCAGACUGGACCAUUACGAGGAUAGAGCACUCCAAACUGUUGGAUUAAAGUGGGAUUUCUUUGAGGCUGACGCACCGCUGGGAACUGGUGAAGGACCAGGGAUGUCCCUCAGUGUCUCCUUACUUUAUAUUGAGCAGGAAUAUCUCUUUACCCACAGCAGUCUACUCCAUAGAAGGAAAAUAAUAGCCAGCACCUGACUGAGAAAUCCAGGAGAAACCAGAGACAAACGUUUAUUUAAACACCAUCGACCGUAGACGGGGCAUAUGAACCAAUCACUUUUCGUUUUUAGAUACUGCCCAGAACUGUGUGCAGUUUAACAGUGUUGCUGAUUAUUUUCUUUACUAUCUGUAUUGUCCUACUAGUCAACAAUGAAACCUUGUUUGUGAACUGUUGCUCUGGAAGGCUGAGUUUUGGGCUCUUACUUGUGCAUCGAGGAAUAGGGCUCAAGGGUAUGUGGGAGACCUGGAUUAUUUACAGGUACUGUUUGAGCCCAGUCUGAUGGUGUGAAUGAAAUGCAAGCGAAGUCUGUGACGAGACACUGUUGUCAGUCUUAGAUCUACUGCUGCACGUAUUUCAAGUCAUCAUAAAGAAUGCGUUCAAAAGAAAAAACAGUCAAAUAAAUUAUAAACACAAUGUGAAAUCAUUCCCGACAUAAAACACAUCUUGUGGGGGCCACUUGCUCCCUGAUACUCCCACAUCUUGUGUUCAUUUUUGAGAGAACUGCCUGGAUUGCAGCAUUUCCAGCACUUGUAUUCACCAGUAGAGAAAUGAUUCUUCUCUGCAGUAUGUCGGUCUGCUCGGCAUCGGCCUUCCUGUCAGCAUUUUAUGUGCCAGAUAGUAACAACUGUGGUUUUCCUGUCCUCAAAGAAAAUGUGUGACCUGCUGCUGUCACUUGGCUCUGAUGCACACGACUGAAAAUAUACAGUGUGUAUGUGUGUGCGUGUGUGUUUGUAAUAGUGAUUAAGGCAGAUUGAAGAAGCAGACUUCGAUUGUAUGAAUAAAGAUUUUAGAAAAAAAAAAAAGC